ACUUAGGAUUAUUAGCCCCAUAUAGAAGGAAGAAUAAUCAAAAUCGUCUCACUUGCCUGCAAGUUACAGAAGUUGCAGAGUAACCAUUCUGUUCUGAUAGUUAAGACUAAACUUUUUUCAUCUGAAUCUCUCUUCAAUUAUGUGGCCAUCUUGUUUAACUGAUGGGUUGGAAGGCACAUGUCCUUCAAUGAUGGAUUAUAUUUAAAUAAGUAUGUGCUCUGGCUGGGUUCUCCUUGGGAGCUGCAACAAACUGUUCAUGGAGAUAACCAUAUGGAUCCACUUGGCAUUCAACCUGAUAGGGAGCAAGAACAAGAACAAAACAAGCAACAAACGAUAGAGAUACAACAUCUAUGCAUUCUAAAAUCUUUCUUCUGUUUGAAGGUAUAUGAUGGUCUGAACUGAGCCCAAAUAGCUGCUUCAUGCAAGUGUCUGAAGGGAUGAAAAUGGGUGUUCACAGAAACUCCCCAAAAAACUCCCCUAAAGGCUUUGAGAAGAAAUCGUCUACAACCCUUAGAUUCUUGUUUGAUCUGGAUUCCAAAAGCAACAGUGCAAGCAACAAUCUCAGGAGUCCCAAGAAUGUCGGGCUGUCUUGUGAGUCUGAACACCAAGAGGUCCUUUCCAUAAUCUCAUACUGCUCCUUCAUCUUCUCCUUCGCGGAUUCUUCGGUAUCGCCUUCGCAGCAAGAUCUCAAGCGUCUCAAGCUCAACCAGCUCUUAUCAAUGGUUAAAACCGCAAAAAGGCAUCUCUCUGAUCAGGUUCUUCCCUCUCUCAUGUCCAUGCUGUCCGUCAACAUUUUCCGCCCUCUUCCUCCACCGUCAAGUAGUAGUUUUGCCUCAGACCUACCUGACGAUGAAGAAGUCGUUUCUGCUCCUUCACCGGCUUGGCCUCACCUUCAACUUGUUUAUGAGAUCCUUCUUAGGCUAGUACUCAAUGAGGAUCCCAAGACUCUUUGCAAUUACAUUGAUAAUCGCUUCCUUAUCAAUCUCCUCUCUCUUUUUCAAUCAGAAGACCCAAGAGAACGCGAGAGCUUGAAGAAUGUGUAUCAUAGGAUAUACUCAAGAUUUACCUUCUAUCGAUCGUUCAUGAGGAAAUCAAUGAAUGAUGUGUUCUUGAAUUACGUGUUCAUGACAGAGAGACAUUGUGGGAUUGGAGAGCUGCUAGAGAUAUGGGGAAGUAUCAUCAAUGGUUUUACUGUCCCAUUGAGAGAAGAGCACAGACUAUUCUUGAUGAGAGUCCUAAUUCCUCUACACAUGACCAAGGGUAUGCAGAUUUACCAUAGACAACUAGCUUAUUGUGUUUCUCAGUUUGUGCAGAAAGAGCCUGUGCUUGGUGGUGUUGUCGUCAGAGGGAUCUUAAAGUACUGGCCGGUAACUAAUUGUCAGAAGGAAGUUCUGCUUAUCGGUGAAAUCGAAGAACUGGUGGAGAAUAUAGAUCCUGAUCAGUAUAGAAAGUUGGCUCUGCCAAUUUGUACCAGAAUUAUAAAAUGCUUAAACAGUUGGAAUUCACAGGUUGCUGAACGCGCUCUGUACGUGUGGAACAACGAGCACUUUGUGAAGAUGAUAUCCUCAGCAGCUGAAGAAGUGUUUCCAGUUCUUGUUGAAGGCAUGGAGAAGAACUUGAAGUGGCAUUGGAGCAAGAGCGUUAAGCAGUUGACAGAAAAUGUGAAAUUGAUGCUGGAAGGAAUGGAUCCAAGUUUGUACUGCAAGUGCCUCCAAGAAACAGACCAGAAAGAAUUUAGGGCUCGGGAAGAAGAGAUCAAGAGGAAGCAGAACUGGGAAAUGAUUGAACUUGCAGCUGCCCAGAAUCAGUUGGUUCAAAUAUGUGUUUCUCAUUAAAGAACAUAGUUUAUAAAAAAUAUUCAACUCCGUUAAAAAAAGAGAGAUUAGGUUGAAAAAUGUGUAUUGGAAUCGGAAAAAGAUGUAUUUGCAGUUUAACAAUCAUGUGAGAGUGUUUAUCACACAUGACAUGUUUUGGUAAGCUGUAGUGAUUCCUUAAUAAU